AUGAAUGAUGUUUUGGCGUAUAUGAAAGGAGUAAUUCUAGUGGGAGGACUCGGGACAAGACUUAGACCAUUAACAUACACACAGCCUAAGCCACUGAUCCCCUUUGUUAAUAAGCCUAUUAUUAAACACCAAAUAGAAGCACUCGUAAGUGCAGGAGUGUCUGAGGUAAUACUCGCAGUGGGGCACAUGCAAGAGAAUAUUAGAGAGUUGCUGUACGGGUACGAUGCAGAGUUAGGCAUAAAGAUAUCUUACUCAUACGAACAUGUACCAAUGGGGACAGCUGGACCACUCGCUCUGCUCAAGGACAGGCUAGAGGGUGAAAUUGAGCCAUUCUUCGUUCUGAACUCAGACGUAAUAUGCACAUUCCCCUUUAAGGAGAUGCAGGCGUACCACACGGCGCACGGAGGGGACGGGACCAUUCUUACAACACAAGUCAGUGACCCAUCAAAGUACGGCGUAAUACUGACAGACACUGCAUCGCAAGUUAUAAAGUUCGUUGAGAAGCCAGAGGUGUUCGUAGGGGACAGGGUCAAUGCGGGGGUGUACUUGUUCUCAAGUGAAGUGCUUAAGUACAUCACGUACAAGCCAAUGUCGAUAGAGAAGGACGUGCUCCCGCUGAUGGUGGCAGAAAGGACCGUUAAAACCUUCCAGCUAGAAGGGUUCUGGAUGGACAUUGGGCAGCCAAAGGACUACGUCAUGGGGAAUAUCCUGUACCAUGAGAGCAACAAGCGCACAAGCACCGUGGAUAAAACCGCGAAAGUGUCCCCGCAUGCUAUUAUAGGCCGAAACACGACGAUCGGGCCGAAUGUAGAGGUAGAGGACGGGGCGGAGAUAGAGAACUCAAUUGUAUUCGAAGGGGCAGUCAUUCAGAAGAAUGCGCUGGUCGUGAACUCGAUCAUUGGGUGGGGUGCGACUGUCGGCCGGUGGUCCAGGAUCGAGGACUAUUCGGUGCUUGGGGCGGGUGUGUCUGUGCAGGAGGGCAUAUACAUUACACGGGGCCUGAUACAGCCGCAUACGCUUGUGUCGAUACACGUCCUGCUGCAUGCCCCCCUCCGGCAGGAGAUAGACACGGAAGAGUCUCCUGCAAUAUAAGUACAAUAAAUUAUGCACUGGAU